GUCUACGGUAAAAUAUGAAUGUUAACACUGGUACAUAAGCAAGUUAAAAUCAUCGAAGUUAGUUGAAGCGAAAGUGUACGUAUGUACAGACGUUUCUUGGAAAAUAUCGUAAAUCUUUUUUUUGCAUUAACAAGAGCCGUAGUUUCUUGUUUAUAGUUUUUUAUUUCGUUGUUGUCUUGCUGGUGUAUGUUUUAGUGUUAAAAAACUCAUUUCUGUUCAGUGCUGUUCGAGUGAAGUCAACAAGUGAAAGUAUAAAAAUAGCUGGGCCGAACCCUCACACAGUAACAACGAGAGAGAGAGAGAGAGGGAGUGAAAUAUUCAAGUGGUACAUACGAUGACCAAGUUACUCCAUCCAUUUCUCAAUCAUCCGGUGACGACGGAGAAAUUGACCAGCGAUCAGAAUGCAUUAGUCGAUGACUUGUAUAACUGGAUCAAAGAUCAGCCAACAUAUCCAAACCUAAGCAGAGAGCAUGCUCACCAAUUUCUGCACGCUUGUUAUUGGAACACACUAAAGGCGAAAAAAGCACUUCAAAACUAUUGCGAAAUUCGAGCCAACUCUCCACUCAUCUUCGCUAAUAGAGAUUCGAUGAGUGAUAGCGUUCAAAAUGUCUUUAACAUGACGCAAAUGGUGUCAGUGCCCAAAACAACGCCCGAAGGAUAUCACCUCCUUUUCUACAGAUUAACAGACACCGAUCCAGCCAAAAUGAAUUUCUCGGAUGCUGUUCGAGCGUUCUGUAUGUUCAACGAUUUACGAAUAAGUGAGGAUGGUCUCACCGAAGGAUACAUCGUUGUAUUCGACAUGAAAGGACUUAAGCUCGGCCAUUUAGCUAAAAUUCAAUUGGGUAGUUUAAGAGCUUUUAUGUCGUACAUUCAGGAAGCUCAUCCCGUCCGGUUGAAGAAAGUAUUAGUCAUACAUGCAGCGUCAAUCAUCAACCAAAUCAUGAUGAUUCUUCGACCAUUAAUCAAAUCGGAUCUGCUGUCAUUGUUACAGUUCACCCCAAAUGGACCAUUGGAACUAUUCAGCGAAGAUAUAAUACCAGAGGACUACGGUGGCAAACUCAAAUCCAUGGCAGAGUACUACAAAGUCGAACGAAAAUUGCUAGAGUCGAAAUACAGAGAUUGGUUGAUUGAUUCCGAAGACCUGAAAGAAAUCCGACCAAAGAAAGGCAAAGACACCAAGAGUGUUCAGCCAAUAACCAACAGUUUUUCGCAAUUAGAAAUUGACUGAUGAGCAGUUACCCUCCGGUCGUGUCUAUGCUAUUUGGUCGAGAUUUAUGAGCGUCGCUUAUAUAAUGCUUCUCCUUUUCAGUCUAUAUGGUUUUGUUAUGUGUUUCGGAUUUUGUUGAUUAAACAGUGGCUUCAGUUUUUGCCAAAUAAAAAGUUUUGAAUUUCGAGUUAUGGGAACGUUUCCUUCUUUUGUAGAAUAUUGGAGAAAAUAAGAGUUUUUAUAAAUGGA